ACACGACACGAUAACAAACAAUCGAUUGGGAUUGAGUUCAAAACGUAUUUGGAGUUUGCAAUUUUUUUUUUCUAUUUCAGCUACCUUCACAACGAUAAUACACAAUAUAUAUAACUACGGUUGGAUUGUCGUCGCAUAAAAUAACGAAAUGUAAACCGCAAUGAAUCGGCAGAGUAGCGAGUUAUGCCAUUAUAAUUACUGAAUACAUUCGCAUCGCAGUAACUAGGUAUAAGUAAAAAAAAAAACAGAUAUGUUACUAACAAAGUUGCGUCCACUUUUGAGUUCUGGAUUACGUUAUAGACAAUGCUUGAUGAAAACAGAGACAUACAAUAUGUUAGCUGUUGCUGGAUGUAACAACUAUCGCUCAUAUAAAAACUUCGCUCAUAAAAAAGACCCUCCGGAUCCACCUUUCAAAAGAUAUUAUAUUUUAUUUUUUAUGUGUUUCGGUGUUUAUCAUUUUAUCAAUUGGGAAUAUAUUCUUGAAAAGAUUUUUCCUCCUGUGGACGCUGACAGUAAUGUAGAGUCUCCUGAAAAUCCAAUAGAAGAUGAUGACAUUUUGGACGAGGCAGUUGAUAAAAAAAAGAAAAAGCCUAAAGUAAAAAUUGGCUUCCGUGACCGAAAGAUUAUUGAAUAUGAAAACAGAAUUCGUCACUUUUCAACACCAGAUAAAGUAUUCAGAUAUUUUGCUACUCUACAAGCAACACAUGUGCAUUCGAACGGACAAGAGUCUCACGAAGUAUACAUGACUCCCGAUGACUUUUUAAGAUCUAUGACACCAGGAAUCAAGCAGCCAGACGGUCUUGGUCUAGACCAAUACAAAAAAUUUGAUCCAAAAAACCCACAUAUGAAACUGCAAUUGGCAUUAAACGAAGAUAGCAUUUUUUAUAAGCUAGGAAGCUCGGGCCUAAUAACUUUUUCAGACUACAUAUUUCUGUUAACUGUUUUAUCCACAUCCAGAAGGCAUUUUGAAAUAGCAUUUAGAAUGUUUGAUUUGAAUGGGGACGGUGACGUUGAUUGCGAGGAAUUUCAAAAAGUUGCCACACUUAUACGACACCAAACAAGUAUUGGAACACGUCAUCGCGACCACGCAAAUACUGGCAACACAUUUAAAGGUGUCAAUUCAGCUUUAACUACUUAUUUCUUUAGCCAUAGUCUCGAAGAAAAACUUACUAUUGAAAAAUUCCUUGAAUUCCAACAACAAUUACAAAAUGAAAUUCUUGAUUUAGAGUUUCAGCGUAAAGGACCUAGCAACGACGGUACUAUAACGGAAGUAGAAUUUACCGAUCUUUUGUUGGCAUAUGCCGGAUAUCCUCCAAAAAAGAAGUCGCGUUUGAUCAAACGAGUGAAAAAAGCAUUUAAAGACAACGCUAAAGGUAUAAGUAAAGAAGAUUACAUAAAAUUCUUUCAUUUUUUAAACAACAUUAACGACGUAGACACAGCACUAACAUUUUAUCAUAUUGCUGGAGCAUCUAUUGAUCAAGGAACACUUAAGCAUGUCGCAAAAACUGUGGCUCAUGUCGAUCUAGAAGAUCAUGUGAUUAACGUAAUAUUUACGAUAUUUGAUGAAAACCUCGAUGGCCAACUAAGCAACCGUGAAUUUGUAGCAGUUAUGAAAAACCGUUUACUGAGAGGUUUGGAAAAACCUAAAGAUACUGGCUUUGUUAAGUUUAUUGAGUCUGUAGGAAAAUGUGCAAAAGAGAGUGUUCCCAACAUUUUAAAUGUAUAAACCAGUUUUCUCAAGCAUAAUAGUUGUUAUUUGUUAAGUUAAUAUUACAUUAUUUUUUUCUCUAAACAUUACCAAUUGUUUAAAACAUAAUUUAUUAUAAUAAAUUUAAUCAAACAUGUCCUGUUUCUUUGAUCAUACAA